AGUAAGGAGGAGCGCUCAACGUCAAAAAUCUCGCCGGCUCUCAUGGGACUGGGGCAUUCGUCGCGGUGUUUGCUGCUACGGCGGAAGAUGGCGGAGGCGGACAGCUCGGAGCGGCAACAGCCUGUCACAUCCCCCCUCUCUCACUCUGCUCAGCCCUCCCCGCUGCCUAAACCAGUGCCUACUACCCACCAUGUGCCCUGUGUCCCCCACACGCCCCAUGUAGCCGCCCUGGCCACCUGUCCUGGUCGAGGCAAAAUUGCCAAGUUCAUCAGCCCAGAGGAAAUGACAUCACGGGACUACUAUUUUGACUCCUAUGCCCACUUUGGCAUCCAUGAGGAAAUGCUGAAAGACGAGGUGCGGACGCUGACCUACCGGAACGCCAUGUACCACAACAAGCAUGUGUUCAAGGAUAAGAUUGUCUUGGACGUUGGCAGUGGCACAGGGAUCCUCUCAAUGUUCGCUGCCAAUGCCGGUGCCAAACACGUGUAUGGGAUUGAAUGUUCAAGUAUAUCAGAAUAUUCAGAGAAGAUUAUCAAGUCCAAUCACCUACACAAUGUCAUUACCAUCUUCAAGGGCAAGGUGGAGGAGGUGGAGCUGCCUGUGGAGAAGGUGGACAUUAUCAUCUCAGAGUGGAUGGGCUACUGCCUUUUCUACGAGUCCAUGCUCAACACCGUCAUCUUUGCUAGGGACAAAUGGCUGAAACCUGGAGGCCUGAUGUUCCCUGACAGAGCAGCUCUCUACGUUGUAGCCAUUGAGGACAGGCAGUACAAGGAUUUCAAGAUUCAUUGGUGGGAAAACGUGUAUGGGUUUGACAUGAGCUGCAUUCGCAACGUGGCCAUCAAAGAGCCUCUGGUGGAUGUGGUGGAUCCCAAGCAGGUUGUGACUAACGCCUGCCUCCUGAAGGAAGUUGACAUCUACACUGUGAAGCCAGAGGACCUGUCCUUCACCUCAGCUUUCUGUCUACAGGUUCAGCGCAAUGAUUAUGUUCAUGCACUGGUCACCUACUUCAACAUCGAGUUCACCAAGUGUCACAAGAAGACUGGGUUCUCCACUGCUCCAGAUUCUCCCAGCACACACUGGAAGCAGACAGUGUUUUACUUAGAGGACUACUUAACUGUCAAGAAGGGAGAGGAGAUCUUUGGCAGUAUUACUGUCAGGCCCAAUGAGAAGAACGUGCGUGAUCUGGAGUUCACCCUUGAGCUAGACUUUAAGGGACAACUAUGUGAGGCCGCCAUCUCCCACGACUAUAAAAUGCGUUAG